ACUGUUUGUUGUGUGCAGACUGUCUGUUGUGUGCAGACUGUCUGUUGUGAGCAGACUGUCUGUUGUGUGCAGACUGUCUGUUGUAUGCAGACUGUAUGUUGUGUGCAGACUGUUUGUUGUAUGCAGACUGUUUGUUGUAUGCAGACUGUUUGUUGUGUGCAGACUGUUUGUUGUGUGCAGACUGUUUGUUGUGUGCAGACUGUUUGUUGUAUGCAGACUGUUUGUUGUGUGCAGACUGUUUGUUGUGUGCAGACUGUUUGUUGUAUGCAGACUGUUUGUUGUAUGCAGACUGUUUGUUGUGUGCAGACUGUUUGUUGUGUGCAGACUGUUUGUUGUAUGCAGACUGUUUGUUGUGUGCAGACUGUUUGUUGUAUGCAGACUGUUGUGUGCAGACUGUUUGUUGUGUGCAGACUGUUUGUUCCUUGUAGAUGA